GACAUGCUCGGCGAGACCAUUGGCAAUGGCCGUCUGAAGCUUGUCCAGAGGCUCGGGGAAGGAGCAUACGGCGUCGUUUAUCGUGCUGUCGAGACCGAGCCCUCAUCCUCGUCGUCGUCAAACACUGAUAUUCAAGAAUAUGCCGUCAAAGUCCUCGCGAAGGCCCCGGAGAGCUCGCGCAGGUGGCUAUUCCAGCAACGCGAGAUACUCGGUCACAAGGUCGUCUCGGAAAAUCCGAACGUCGUCACCCUCCACCGAGUCAUCGAGAAAAAAGGAUAUGUCUAUCUCGUCACCGACUAUUGCCCUGGCGGCGAUAUGUUCAGUGCCAUCAUGGAACGCCGCAUGUUCUGUGGCAGGGAUGACUUGAUCAAGAAGGUCUUCGUGCAGAUCCUCGACGCCGUCCAUUCAUGUCAUGAAAAGGGCAUCUUCCACCGUGAUUUAAAGCCCGAUAAUAUUUUCUGCAUGGACAAGGACGCGUCGGAGAUCGCCUUGGGAGACUUUGGUCUAUCGACCAGCUCGACCAAGAGUCGAAGCUUCGGGUGCGGUAGCGCCUACUACCUCAGCCCAGAAUGCAUCGGGAAGGAGUUUGAUUUCAGACCCUACUCCCCGCAAACUGGCGACGUGUGGGCCCUCGGGAUCAUCCUAUGUAACAUGAUCGUCGGGCGCAAUCCGUGGCAUUAUGCAACCACGGACGACCAAUGUUUCCUUCGAUUCAUGGCCAAUCCCGAAUACCUACCCAGCGUGCUGCCUAUCUCCGAGGCAGCGAAUCAAAUAUUCCGGCGAAUCUUCACCUUCGACCCCAGCUCGCGCAUCACCAUUCCCGAGUUGCGCGAGCUCAUUUUGGAGGCAGAUACGUUC